CAUGUGGGAAUGCACACAGACCAGUCAUGGGCAUACUGGUUUUACCCGAGAGAAUACCGAGAAAUCCUAACACCACCGUAAUAUAUUUUGGGAAAAAGUUUUUCUUGGGAGUUGAUUUUGAAUGUAUGAGGUAAGUUUGGAGCGUUAAAAUUAGGAUUUAGCCUACCUUAAUGAAGGAGAUAAACCCCAAUGAUCUCUCUCACUUUACGCGUAAAAGCGCACAGCAUGAGGAACUCGUGGCAAAAUUUCUCGAAAACGUCACUGUCAUGUGAGACAUGUGAGACUUCAUCAACACGCGUGAAUAUGGAUAAGCCGUGCUAAGGGUACACUGAUGCCAGAGAGCCGGGUGCAGGAUGAAGGUGUGUAAUCGUGGAGUGCAGAUGCUCCUCACCACGGCGGGGGCUUUCGCAGCCUUCAGCCUGAUGACCAUCGCGGUGGGCACCGACUACUGGCUGUACUCGCGUGGAGUCUGCAGGACCAAAAGCGUCAAUGACAAUGACACCAACCGAAAGAACGAAGAGGUACUUACGCACUCGGGACACUGGAGACAGUGCUGCAUGGAAGGCAUAUUUAAAGGGGUUUGUAAGAACAUUGAUCAUUUUCCAGAGGAUGCAGAUUAUGAACAAGAUGCUGCGGAAUAUCUACUGCGUGCUGUGCGCGCCUCUAGUCUUUUCCCUAUACUGAGUGUGGGACUGCUGUUCAUUGGUGGAGUGUGUGUAGCCGCCAGUGAGUUCUACAAGAGCCGACACAAUGUCAUCCUGAGCGCAGGCAUCUUUUUUAUCUCAGCUGGCCUCAGCAACAUCAUUGGCAUUAUCGUGUACAUCUCAUCCAACGCUGGCGACCCUAACCAGAGCGAGUCGAAGCGCAGUCACUGGUACGGCUGGAGCUUCUACUGCGGCGCUCUUUCCUUCAUCAUAGCGGAGACUGUUGGCGUCCUGACCGUGCACCUGUUCAUCGAUACGCACCGUGUGCUGAGAGCGCGUUCGCAUCACACACUCCAAACCAGCACGCAUUCCCUACAGCAUCGGCGCUCGACCAGCUACCGUUCCCGCUACCGCUGGAGGCAGGGUCAAAACCGCUCCUCAGACUCCCGAUCGCGCGAACCCUCUCCGGCCCGUCACGGGAACGACCUCGGACUUUACGCGCUGGGACGCGGACUUCCACCAACAGCUGCUCACACGCUUGCGCACAACACCAUCAACGCUGGCCGUGGUUUUGCACAUUUUCAUAACUCUGACAUCGCUAAUAACAGCUUUGCAAAUCCUCAUGUGUUCACCAUGCAGAACUCGUUGAAAUCAGAAAGAGAGCUUUCGCACAUACAGAACUCGUUGAGCACCGAGAAAGGCUUUGCGUUUGCAAAUGCACAUGGUCAAAAUUCAGUCAAACCUGAAAAUGGAGUCGUGCUGUCGCAGAACUAUAAACUAAACUCACUAAAUCCCAGUAAAAGCCCAAUGCAUGCGCAAAAUUCUGGGAAUGACAAUUCACCCGUGCAAAACGCUGUAAAAGAGCCCUCAUAUAUGUCUCAAAGUAGCACUGCGUCAAGAACAACUCCGGUGUAAAAAAAAAAAAAAGAAGAAAAAAAAGGGACCUAUGCUGCUAUAUUAUGCUAUAUGAAAGGUCAUGAAGAUUAGCUAAUUCCUUCACUGAAUAUAUGCAUAUUAUUUGCUUUUAGCUUUAUGUACUAAAUGAAGUGGAUUGACUCUGAAAAAAACAAAUGGUGCUGUUUCUUGUGCCCUCUGCUGUCUCUAUGCAGAAGCGAACCUGCUGCCUUUAUCCUUGGAACUUUUCCGGAUGCA